GACACAAUUUCAGUGAUUGGAGAAAGUUGGGGAGAGAGGGUGUGCCAUGAGCCUUGACGCCAUGACCAUGAGUGCUGUAUACGGUAGACUAGUUGACAGUCAAUUUCUGCAAUUUUGCCACGCUUCUCCUCCCCGAACCCUUCUUCCAAAAUUCCCAUUUGUUCUUCGAACAGUACAUUCGUCUCCUCUCUUUAGUCCCUGCUUUCCUAUAAACAUUCACCGGACAAAUCUCAGCCUUUCCUGUCGUUCAUUUAGACCUGUAAAAGCAGCGAUGGCUUCUACACCUUCAUCAGAGACAGAGACUAGACCUUUCUGUGUGCUCUUUGUCUGCCUCGGCAACAUCUGCAGAAGCCCCGCUGCUGAAGCCGUCUUCAGGGAGAUUGUCAAGAGAAGAGGGCUUGAAUCAAAGUUUAAAAUCGACUCUGCCGGCACUAUUGACUAUCAUGAGGGUAACCAAGCUGACCCACGGAUGAGGGCCGCUUCCAAACAGCGUGGGAUCGUGGUAACUUCCAUUUCGAGGCCAAUACGAAUAUCUGAUUUCAGAGAUUUUGAUCUCAUUCUCGCUAUGGACAAGCAAAACAGAGAUGACAUAUUCGAGGCUUUUAAUAGGUGGAGAUUCAAGGAGACACUCCCAUUUGAAGCCCAUAAGAAGGUUCUGCAGGUUAGGCUAAUGUGCUCUUAUUGUAAGAAUCACGACGAAACUGAAGUUCCAGACCCUUACUAUGGGGGCCCGCAAGGUUUUGAGAAGGUUUUAGAUUUACUUGAAGAUGCUUGUGAAUCAUUACUGGACAACAUCCUGAAUGAGAACAGCCAUAUUUUGGAUUCAUAGGUCAUGUGAUCAAAGCUUCUGUGUUUUGGA